AUGCAGUGGAAGGGGAGCGUGUACAAGCUGAUAUGGCCGGACCUGAUGCUGUGGCUCAGCCUGUACUACUGCCUCUCCUUCACCUACCGCUUCGCCCUCGACGAGGACCAGAAGAGGCAAGUUUUCUUGCUUGGCGGCGGGGCAGAUGGAGGACUGUUGUUCGAAAAAGUGGUGUUGUACUGCGACGAGUUCAACGACCUCAUCCCGGUGUCGUUCCUGCUGGGCUUCUUCGUGAGCGAGAUCAUCAGACGGUGGUGGAAUAUGUGGGAACUCCUCCCCUGGCCGGACUCGGUCGCGCUCUUCGUCUCCACCUCGCUUCGCGGACAGGACGAGCGAGGACGGGUGAUGAGGCGGACCAUCGUGCGAUACAUCAACCUGGCCAUCGUCCAUUCCAUGACUCGCUUUUCCGUCCGGGUGAAGAAGCGAUUCCCCACUUUGGACCAUCUCGUCGCAGCCGGUUUCAUGACGGAGAACGAGAAAGUCAUCUUCGACGAGAUGAUCAACGUCCGGAAGAUGCAGAAGCUCUACUGGAUGCCCUGCGUCUGGGCGGCCAGCGUUGUGACUCGCGCGCGGAAGGAGGGCCGGAUCAAGGACGACCAGGCGCUCAAGACCAUCCUCGACCACAUCAAUACCGUUCGGGCCCUGUGCGGCAAAUGCCAUCACAUCAAUAUCAUCAACAUUCCUCUUGUCUACCCCCAGGUGGUGUCGAUAGCAGUUUAUGCCUUUUUCCUGUCCUGUUUGAUGGGGAGGCAAUUCUUGGACCCUUCCAAGAAUUACCCUCACCACACCUUGGACUUAAUUGUCCCAUUUUUCACCAUCUUCCAGUUCAUGUUCUACAUGGGAUGGCUGAAGGUGGCCGAGACCCUCAUCAAUCCCUUUGGCGAGGACGACGAUGACUUCGAGCUCAACUGGCUCAUUGACCGACACAUCAAGGUCAGCUUCAUUGCUGUCAUAGCAAUCGUCACCUUUCUUGCCACUGCCACUUGUGGCGAUUCCAGCGUCACCGUGGACACUGAA